AUGGCAGCAUCUUUGGCUUUCAUCUCUGAAAUCUCAACAGAAUGGUACCAUGAAUCAACUUCUAAAUUUAUUCUCCGAUUGCAGUUAUGUGCCUCACCAGACUCGGACUGCGGAAGAGUGGAGGUCACGCAUCUAGCGUAUAAAAGCCAUGCAGAACGAGCACUAAACGCCAAGUUCACCUCCCUCCUUGCUCUUGCACUCGCUGCAAUGGUCGUCGCUGGACCCGUUCAGCGUGCAGUCGCUCCCGACCUCGUCGACUCCGACAACACCAGCUGGCACAUUGGCCGUGCUGCCCCAACUCCCAAUCUCGACUCCGAUAACAGCAAGUGGGUGAUCGGCGACCGAGGUCUCAAAGUGGACGACAACAACACCGGCUGGACCAUCGCGGCCGAUAAGCGCGAGCCUGCCCCAACUGCCCCCGUGGUUGACAAGAACAACAACAACUGGACCAUCAAUGCCGACAAACGCCAGCCGGCACCCACUCCAAUCGUUGACAAGAACAAUGAUAGCUGGACGGUAAAGGCUGCUGACAAACGCCAGCCUGCCCCCACUCCGGUGGUCGACAAGAACAACGAUAGCUGGACGAUAAAGGCUGCUGACAAACGCCAGCCCGCCCCCACACCAGCGGUCGAUGCUAACAAUGAUAGCUGGACCAUCAAAGCUGCCGAGCGACGCCAACCCGCACCAACCCCAGUUGUAGUCGACAAAAACAACGAUAGCUGGACCAUCAAGGCCGCUGAGAAGCGUGUUGCUCCCACUCCCAAUCUGGACGCUAACAACGACCACUGGACCAUUAAUAAUGCCAAGCGCGCUGCACCGACCGGACUUGACAGCGACAACGACCACUGGACCAUUAAUGACGCCAAGCGCGCCGCACCGACUCCUGCGGCUGAUACCGACAGCAAGAACAAGAGCUGGACUGUUGGUAACCGGGCUGUGGAUGAGGACAACAAGGGCUGGACCGUCGGUAACAAUCGCCGUGCGGUCGACCAAGACAACAAAGGCUGGACUGUUGGAGACAACCGUCGGGCAGUAGACCAAGAUAACAAAGGCUGGACUGUCGGCGACAACCGUCGAGCUGUUGACAAAGACAACACCAACUGGACCAUUCACAACGCUCGCGCCGCCGCCACUCCUUUGUAA